GCCAUAAGUAGCAAAACGCAAACUACUCUUCAAACAGCCGAUCUCUCUCUCUCUCUCACUUCCAGUUUCAUCAAUCACUCACACACGAAUGGCUGACACGAAGGUCCAAUCCCCGGAAACAACGGCGGUUGAGGAUAACCACCAACGAAUAACAUCAUCAUCUCCAACGCCGCCGCCGCCGCCGUCUCACUGGAUGGGGAUGAGAUACCCUUCGCCGAUGAUGAUGCCUCACCAUAUGAUGUACCCGCCGCCUCCUUACUCUCCUUACCACCACCAUAAUCAUAUGUAUCAUCAUAAUCAUCAUCACCAGUCUCGUGGUAACAAACACCAAAACGCUUCGAACGCUGAGAAUAAGACGAUUUGGAUCGGUGAUUUGCUUCACUGGAUGGAUGAGAAUUACCUUAAUUCUUGCUUUGCUCCCGCUGGAGAGAUGGCGUCAGUUAAGGUUAUCAGGAACAAGCACACUGGUUUGUCUGAGGGCUAUGGAUUCGUGGAAUUCGAUUCCCACGAUGUCGCCGAGAAGGUUUUGCAGGAUUUUAACGGAGUAACUAUGUUACAGUCCGACCAGCCUUACCGUUUAAACUGGGCCAGUUUCAGCACCGGCGAAAAACGCUUAGAGAAUGGUCCUGACCACUCUAUAUUCGUGGGCGACUUGGCGCCAGAAGUCACUGAUGAACUGUUGCAUAAACUGUUCUUUCAUAAAUACCCAUCUGUCAAGACUGCGAAAGUCGUCAUAGAUGGCAGUACUGGUCGGUCAAAGGGGUAUGGCUUUGUGAGAUUCGGAGAUGAUGGUGAGAGGAGCAAAGCUUUGGUGGAGAUGAAUGGUGUGAAAUGCUGUAGCAGGGCUAUGAGAGUCGGUGCUGCCACUCCUAGGAAGCCUAAUGGUUACAAUCACCAAGGUGGUGGAGCUGCUCCACGUGAUGGGGACUCAUUGAACACAACAAUAUUUGUUGGAGGACUUGACGCUGAUGUCACUGACGAAGUUCUUAGACAGCCUUUUGCUGGUUUUGGUGAAAUAGUCUCUGUCAAGAUACCGAUUGGGAAAGGAUGUGGAUUCAUUCAGUUUGUGAACAGAGAAAACGCAGAGGAGGCUUUGGAGAAACUAAAUGGUUCUGUGAUUGGAAAACAAACCGUUCGCCUUUCUUGGGGUCGUAAUCAAGGCAACAAACAGCCUCGAGGUGGGUAUGGAGACCAAUGGGUUGAACCGUUCUAUAGAGGACAAUACUACAAUGGUUAUGGAUACAUGCCAUUACCACCACCUAUUGACCCGAGAAUGUAUGGUGCUGCACCUUAUGGAGGUUAUCCUAUGUACGGUGGUCAUCAGCAGCAGCAGCAACAAGUAAGCUGAGAGAAGAAUAAAAGAAGUUAAGGUAGGUAUGCGACAACAAUGUCUUAUCUCUGUCUCUUUGGUUUAGAUCCUGAGCAACGAAUUUUGAUGGAACUGUAGUAGUGAUACUCAUUUUUAUUUUAGGGAUUUUGAUUGGAUUUAUUUAUUUUAUUUGACUAUCAUAUUAUGGUAUGGAACUUAAUUGAUUGCUCUUUGGGAGA